GCAAAGAGAGAGAGUGGCACUGGGCUUCAACUGUUCAGGUCGGUGCGGAAAAUGCGCUCAUUCAUCCUCUUCCACUGCUGGGCCAGCGCUGCCGCCCUCAGCACCUCGACCAAUGCGCUAAAGCAAGCCAUAGACCUCGUGCACCGCAAGCAUGAUGCCGCGACGGCGCGCGCGGGGCAAGCGUUCCAGACCUGGUCCGCGGAUGGUGCCGCGCCGGCCACCAUAGACGUGCCAGUAGACGCGACGCCCUACGCCUACCCACCCAACUGCGCCGACGUGCCCGAGCUCUUCGCCGCGGCGCCGUGCUGCGCGGUCACGGCGGCGCCGCUCUUCAGCGCGGACGAGUGCGCCUUCAUUAUUGACGAGGCCGAGCGCAAGGAUGGGUGGGUGCCCCAGGAGUUUCGGUACGCACGGGACGUCGUCCAGCAGUGCGAGGACCUCCCGGAGGUGAGAAGCUGGCUCGAGGCGGCCUGCCGCGACUCGCUGUUUCCGCUCCUGCAGCGGACGUUUCCUGAGGUCGUGGGCGACGGCGCCGCGGCGCGCGACGCGCUGCGCGUCUUCGAUAGCAAGAUACUGCGGUACGACUCGUCCAAGGGCGAGUCGCACCUGGGCGCGCACCGCGACGGCACGCUGCUGACGUGCGUCAUCGCGCUGAAUUCAUUGGAUGAGUACGAAGGCGGCGGCACGACGAUGGAGCCACUCGAACGGACUAUAAGAUACGACGUCGGGCGGGUAUGUGUACAUGCGGGAGAAGUGCGGCACGGCGGCGCGGCCGUAUUGAAAGGUUGUCGCUACGCAUUAGUGGUCUUCAUUGACUCGGCGCUGGCCUUCGAGCCGGCGCGGGCGCUCGCCAACGAGGGCGACGCCCAGCGGUUGCGAGGCGACCUCGACGCGGCGGCCAAGCUCUACGACCACGCCAUCGAGGCGGGGUCGAGGAAUGAAUUGCCGUGGUGCGGCAAGGGCCAGGUCGCCCUCGAGAAGGGGCAAUUUUCCGAAGCCGCGGCCUGCUACGCAACUGCUGUCGAUAUUACUCCGACGCACGCUGUCGCCUGGACCAAUCUAGGCGUCGCGCUGGCCAAGGUCGGCGCGCCCGCGGACGUGCCGGUCCUCAAAGAAGCGGCCACAGCGUUCCAGACGGCCGCGGCCCUCGACGAGCGCGAGCCGGCACCGCUCAACAACCUCGGCUUGCUCCUCGGCGACCUGAACAUCCACGACGCGGCCCGCGACGCGUUCCGCGAGGCGAUCGCGCGCGCCGACGGCGUGCCGGCGCGCGAGCGCGCGGACCUCUACACGAACUUGGGAUGUGCCCUCGUCGAGCUCGACGCCUUUGCGGAGGCGCUCGACGCGUUCCGGUCCGCGGUCGAGGCCGACCCGACCCACCAAAACGCGGCGAAGAACGUCCUCGCGAUGCGGUCGUUCCUCGCUAGCAGUGCGGCUUAAAUAUUGUGUG